UAUGCACCUUUCUUGGAGUCAGUCAACUCUCCACUCAAGUAGUGUGGUACAUCAGUAAAAGCAGGAGAAAGCUAGAAGAUAUCCAUUAUCCAUGGCGAUGCGAUCUGUCGUUUUACGUAGUGGGCUGGGUCGUUUAUUGGAGGGGACUCCCCGAGCGUCUUCAAUCUCUGCCUUUCGCUGCUUCGCUGAUGACAAAGGUAGUGUCCUCAGCGAAGAAGAGCGUGCUAAGGAGAACGUCUACAUUCAGAAAUGGGAGAGGGAGAGGUUGGAGAAGCAGAAGCUGAAGACGGAGAAGGAGAAGGAGAAAGCUGAACGUGAGAAGUCUGAAAAGAAAGCUGAAGAAAGGCCCACAAGAGUUGAAGUGAAUGUUUGUGCAACUUUGUGCUCAAAGCUUUUUAUCUCCACAAAUACAAUGUGUUGUAAAUAACUUUGUCAUAACUCUUGACUAGAGUUUCUUCCUUGAGUAGAGUGUGGUAACACUUGUUCAUAUUUCACUACUGGUGUUACGAUUUUGUUUUUCCUUCGAUUAUAAAACUUUCACUGCUUUCUUCUGUUAAAAAAAAAGUAUGCACCUUUCUUCAACACUGAAAAAAAAAAAACUUCAAUGCAACCCUCAAGAGAGAAGCCCGUGUUUCUUUGAACAAGUACUUGGAAUCAUCAAAGCUAAUCCCCUCGGCAUCAAGAGAGAACCAAUGCUCAGUAUUACAAAAACGCUGUUCAAACCCAAAAGCCACAAUUUGGGACUAAGUCUCUCUGUGCUGCCUAGUAAUUGGCUUCAUCACAGGUAAUAUAGCCAUAAACUCACCAUUUCUUGGCUUCUUCAUCUUCUGCUUACGCCUCCAACUGUGCCAUUUGUUAUUGAACACUGAGACAGUAGACGAGAAAUUGCAGGCAAUUUCUCUCACUUUGCCUUCUUCAAAAGGCUUAUUUGGUUGAGAAUCGAGAUCUAUAUAAUCUUUCAUCGAUGUUGUGGGACUAAAUCAACCGCCUCUUCUUGUUCCACAAUCUCCAAAUUGGUGUGCUACAAGGGUGAUUUCAUCAGACUCGUUUUUGUUGUAUUGUUGUUGUUGCUGCUAUUGUAAUUGCAUACAUUUUCUUCGUUUUGAGGCUUCUCUUCUUUUUCUUCUUUGGACUCAAAAACAGGUUUAUUCACAAAAUCAUCAUGGGUAUCUUUGGUGAUGAUGCAAUGUUGAGGAUUUAAAGAAGACGAAGAGGUAGAGGGUUUGGCAGAGAUGGUGACUUUAGACUCAUCGUCGAGAGUGAAAAGGGGCCAGAGGGUGUUGCGGACGUGAACAUCGCAAGACUUGCAUCGAUGCUUGAAAGUGCUAGAGAAAUUCAAGCCUAGGCCAUCGUGUUUUGGAGGCGAAGAAGGACUUGGUGCGGCGGAGCUCCGGGAACAAUGAUUGAGAGGGUUUUUUUUUUUUUUUUGGCCUCCUGAAUUUACAUUUAUGCCCCUUGUAAAUUUGAAUUAUUUUGGUUAUAAUAAUUAGUUAACGGGAUAUGCCACUUAUUCUGUUAAUUUUUUA